CUCGAAGGAAGAACAUCGACUCGUUAUCCAUCCAUUAUGGCUCGUACCAAGCAGACUGCUCGUAAAUCGACUGGUGGAAAGGCUCCUCGUAAGCAGCUGGCGACUAAGGCUGCUCGCAAGAGUGCGCCAGCAACCGGCGGAGUGAAGAAGCCUCAUCGUUACAGGCCCGGAACCGUAGCUCUUCGUGAGAUCCGUCGUUACCAGAAGAGCACCGAACUUCUCAUCCGCAAGUUGCCUUUCCAGCGACUUGUUCGUGAAAUCGCUCAAGAUUUCAAAACCGACCUCCGUUUCCAGAGCUCUGCUGUCAUGGCCCUUCAAGAAGCCAGCGAGGCUUACCUCGUCGGCCUAUUCGAAGACACCAACUUGUGUGCCAUCCACGCCAAACGCGUUACCAUCAUGCCCAAGGACAUUCAGCUUGCUCGUCGUAUUCGCGGAGAACGUGCCUAAUACCGCUUUCAAUACCAAACGGCCCUUUUCAGGGCCAACAAAUUUUCUAAACGUGGAUAAUCACUAAAUCUAGAGUACAUUUUCUUAUUCGUAAUAAUCCUGCAGCACAUUCAAAAUGUAAACGUUAAACGUAAAUAUUGAUUCAUGACUUGAUUAAUGUUUGAACAGAUCAGUUCGAUAGCGUUUCCUGAUUAAGCAAAACGUAGUUGCACGUUUUUCCAUAUUUUGAAGCUAAUAUCGUUUUAUUGACUGAGCCGAUAGAGAUGAAACAACCACAGGUCAAUAAGUAUAGAAGCAUAAUAAUAUUCCGAUGUUACCUACGGCGUAUUGAUAUUCGGAGAAUCAAAUAUUUGAUAGUACGAAAAACAGUCAACCGGGAAAAGUAGUUUUCGCAAAGGAACCGUUUCAUGAAUAUUGAACUACGCAUGAAUGUAUUUUUACACGAUACUUGACCGACGACUGCUUUAUUGCAGUGAAUUACUAAAACUAAACGCGUUUAUCAUCGCCUUUUAAAGAUUAAGAGAUUUUCAGCGAAUCAGUACACUGUUUAGUAAUGUAAUACGCUUUACAUCUUUUUAAUGAAUGAAAUUCGUUAUUUUAAUGAUUCGCGUGUCAAAACCUGAAAUGCAGAGAGUAAA